AUGCCUUCCCUCAAGUCCAUCCUCUCCACCUCUCUCCUCCUCUCCACCACCUGGGCCACCAGUCCCGCUCCGUCGUUGCCAGCCACUGUCCCUGCGACAUCCACCUUGCCCAUCACUCUCAACACGACCAUCUCUACUACCGCCGCCCCGAUCGCCACGUCGUCCAUCCAUUGCGACAUCACGUACUGCGUCAACGGCACGUCCUUCUGCCAUUUCUGGGCCGGCAUUAGCACAUGGCACAUGUCGGGCCCGUCGCCGGGAGAGGUGCGGACGACAUUGGGAAGCUGCAAGCUUGGAAAAUCGAGGAGAACGGCGGCUUGA